GAGUGCUCUGCGAGUCGUUGCGAGAGAUUCAUCUUAACAUGGUAGAAAUACACAACGGCAACAGCAACGGCAACCAAGUUGAGGGUAACUUUCAUCCUGCCCCGCAAUGGCUGACCGAGUCUUAUGUGGAAGCUCUUCUCCGACGCCAUAAACAUGAUGAGCAGCUGAGCAUUGAGAAGCUAACUAUUAAGCCAGCAACGGCCAAGGGUGAUAACUAUGCCAGCAUUAUGACCAGGAUCCAAGUAGAUUAUAUUCGCGGCGGAAGCAAAGAAUACGAGACCGAGUUCUUCAUUGUAAAGACCACCUUUGAGAAUGAUCCGUUUAUAUCCAACAUCUUUGCGGGUUACCAAGCAAGCCGUACAGAAAUGGUGAUGUACGACAAGAUUCUGCCACAGCUCACUGCUCUUCUGGAGGGCACUGGACAAUCUGAGAAGUUAUUUGCCAAGACAAUCCAUGUGGACUACGAGCACUCUGCCAUCAUCUUUGAAGACCUCGCUAUAUUCAACUACGUACUGGGCGAUCGUUUGACUGGCUUCGACUUGGAGCACACAAAGAUGGUGCUCCGAAAGUUGGCAAAAAUGCAUGCAUCCGCCUCAGUUCUCAAUGAGCGCCAGCCUGGACUUCUCACCACACUGGAUCAUGGCAUAUUCAAUCGUCACACACGAGCCUUCAAGCCCAUGUUUGAGAGUCUGAUGGGCGUGGCUGCAGACUUUGCCGGGAAGUGUCCAGAGCUAGGCACCAUAUACGAGGACAAGCUACGAGGCCUGCAGAAACAUGUAAUGGAUUACACGGAAAGUGUUUACGAUCCACAAGAAGACGAGUUCAAUACCCUAACUCAUGGCGAUUUGUGGACAAACAAUAUAAUGCUGAGAAAUAAGACUGAGCACAACGAGCUGGACUUGCUGCUGAUUGAUUUUCAAUUCUCUGCCUGGGCAUCGCCUGCCGUGGAUCUCUUUUACUUCUUCUGUACAUCGCUGCAACCUGAAGUGCGCAACAACCACUUGAGCUCACUGAUCCAAUACUAUCACAAGGCGCUUGUGGAUACCCUGCGUGAAUUGAAGUUUGGUGGCUACAUACCCACGCUAAGGCAGCUGGUGUUGCAGCUUGAAAAGGGAAAAUUCAUGGCUGUGACCGCAUCUCUGACCUGCCAGGCCAUAAUGCUCAACGAAGAAACAAAUGAUGCGGAUUUCAAAGGGCUCAUGGUGGACGAUGAACGGGGUCGAAACUUCAGGAAAGGAAUGUACAAAAACAAGAGGCUUCAGGAUAAUGUUAUAAGAUGUCUACCCGAAUUCGAUCGCAGUGGUCUGCUUGAUGUGUUGGAUUAAAGUUAACACCUAUCUUAAUAUUUACAUUUAAUAGCAGUUUUAAUAAAACGUAUAUAUUCCACUUU